CAGCAAAACUAGCCUUGUCCAGCGUUGGAUUUACUCAGUGGAUCCACAACACCAAGACCCAGCUGGAUCUAACUUAAAAUGGAAACAAGGGAGGAUAAUGCAGCUGGUUCGACCAACCAGGCAGAUAAAAAAAAGCACAAUGAAUAUGCCAGACCCAUCCAACGGCUGGACGACAAGGAGACUCUCUUUAUGUUACUCGCUCUACACAUGGAGGAGUCCCCACUCUGUGAGUCUCCAUUUUCUGAACCACGUGGUGAUCAGGUGAUCAAGAUUAAUAAAACUGGGAUUGUCAUGUGCGAGUCCAAUUCCCUCCAGCGAAUCGUGGCAAUGGACUGCUCUCGGAAACAGCUACAUGCCGUGCAGCUCGUCAUCAUGCACCUGACAACAUUGGCAAACGGGUGCAACGUGUACCUCUCCAGGAAACCCUGCACUGAAUGCGCAAAAUGUCUAGUUCAAGGAGGGGUAAGAUCUGUACGUUUCUGGCCCAAGGACCCAGAAUUUAGCCUCAGCAGUGACAAGAAAAGGAAAGAUUUCUACGAAACCAACCAGAUUUUCAGAAAGAGCAACACGAUACUGGUGCCAUUCAUCCCAAUCAUCAACGAGACUACUGUAUACAAUCUGUGCCUGCGAACCCGCAGGCAGAAGUGUGAACAAUGUCUGAAAUCCACUUCCGAACCCAGCUUAGAGGAGGAGCUGAAUACCAACUGGAUGGAUUGUGGCUUUACUCCCCAGUCAGACAUAGAAGGCAUGAAAGCCAUGAUCAAGAGCACAGUGUGCAGCUACUAUGCACUCUUAAAUUGUAGCCAUGGCACCAUGCCUGUGCAUGAGGAGAUCUCCCUGGGCAUUGCUACUCAUGGUCUGCAACUUUGCUUCCUGCUGGCUGCUCGUUCAGAUGAUCCAGAUCGUGGUGUUGGAGCAAUAAUCUACAACAAGAAGCAGUAUAUUGUUGGAGCUGGCUAUAAUGGGUACAUCAAGAAGGCAACAUAUGGAAACUUCCCUCGCCUUGGGCGAAAAAAAAAGUCGAUACCAGCCAAAGCCAAAUCCAUGGUUCAUGCAGAAGUGAACACACUUCUCUUCAGGUCAGACAGGGACAUCGAUUCUGCUGUGCUGGUUUCUUCCAAAACACCCUGCAAAGAAUGUGAAAUGAAGAUUAUUGCUUCUGGCAUAAAGACUAUGGUUUCUGUCAAAGAUCUGCCGGAAUCAGAGAGGGUUAAAGAAUGGAAACACAUUGUGUGGAAGUGGCCCGAAGACGUCCAAGGAAACAGCAAACCUCUGGAUUCUGAGUCUAAGCCAAAGACCGAAUCUCCUGGUGAAUCUCCUGUUGGACUGCACCGCCUGCCGAGUAAAGCUGACCUAAUGAUGUGUCUGGCUUUGCAUAUGGAAGCAUCUCCCUUGUGCAAGGAACCGAAAGAAAAGGGUGAGCUUACAUUUUGUAAAGCAGGCAUCGCUAUCCUGAACACGGAGAGAAAUCUGAUCCUUGCUAUUGACUGCUCCAGAGGUGGGCUUCAUGCCGUGCAACAAGCGCUUAUAUCCUUUCCCAGGCAAGUGCAGGGAUGCACAGUCUACCUAUCCAGAUAUCCCUGUACCCACUGUGCGACACUACUCAUUCAAGGUGGUGUUCAGCAAGUUUGUUAUUGGCCUAACCUGGAACUGGAAAAGAAAGAUGACAUGGCUAACAUCACUCGUGUUACUCAACUGUUUGUUGAGGCAGAAGUCAUUAUUGAUAUGUACAUUCCAUUACUGAAUUUAGAAAAAGUUAAGAAGAAAAUAUCACCAAAAAUAGCUGUGAAGCCAGCACGAAUCAAAAAAAAAUGCAGCUCAUUUUUUGACUUACCAAAUAUAUUGGAUAUCCUGGAAGCUCUGGGUUCAUCGCAUAUGAAAGAAAAAGAUUUCAAGGCCAAAUUCAUGUACGAGAUAGAAAAUGCACACACAUGCUAUUGUGAACUACUGAACAGUCCUGAUGGCAGCUUUGAACACCAAAGAUCAGCUGAAGGUCACAAUGACAAUGUGAAUGGGAGACAGCCCAAUGAUGCUUUGGAGAAUGAUGAGAUGGAUAUUCAUGCCUUGCAGCUGUGCUUCCUUCUAGCUGCAAGAACUGAUAGUCCAGAUCGCGGAGUUGGAGCGAUAAUCUGCCAGGACGAAUGCUUUGUGGCAACGGGCUACAACGGUUUUCCACGAGGUUGUUACCAUGGUUGCUACCUUUCAAGUCGCGACCAAAGUGAGACUAAGAACCCCAACCUGCUCAUCUGUGCAGAGGCUAACGCUCUUUAUUUCAGGCAUAAACAGGACCUGAAAGAUGCAACAUUGUACACCAGCUCAUAUCCCUGCACUGAGUGCUUGGAUUUAAUCAAAGAAACCAAAGGUAUCACAAGGAUUGUUUGUGUGAAACCCGAAGGUGAAUUUUCCGCCACACCCAUGGAGGGAAUAACAUGUAAAAUGUGGAAACAAAACACAGACAUAAAAGGAGAUGCCAUAAAUUGCCUGGACUUCACGAGCUCAAAUGAGAAGCUUAAGCAGGAGACCACAGAUGAGGGAGAAUGUGAGUGAAGCAACAGAUGGUGGUCAGCGUGGAUUUUACUGUGGCAGUGCCUCUGAAGCCCUGCGAGAAAACAGGACCACGCUGAGUUGAUGGGAUGACUAUUCAUACCCAGCACCCAUCAAAAAGCUUCCUUCACUAUCUGUUACAAGCAACCAAUAGUUUGUAGUUUAAAUCAUUGAUGUCAUCUUUUAAAUCUUUAGAUGCAAUAAUAAUACUUUAAAAUUAAACAAAGGAAAUAGGAAGUAUGAAAGUCCAGUGAAAUACAAGUGGGAAUUAAAGAUAAAAUUAAAGGAGGAAAUAGAGGGAAAUUAUUUAGUUUACUGGUUGGGAAGCAGAUCUGGGAAAUAGGUGGUAGUUAGAUGGGUGGCUAAAUGUUCAAGCAGAACCAAAUCUUGAUUAGCCUAGCUGCUGUUACAAUU